ACCGCGCCCCGUCCGCCGAGCGGGGAUGACCCUGUCGGGCGGCGGCAGCGCCAGCGACAUGUCCGGCCCCGCCGUCCCGGCGGCCGAGGAUGUGGAUAUCGACGUGGUGGGCGAGGGCGACGACGGGCCGGGCAAGGACAGCGAGGGCGAGGCCGGCAGCCCCGCCGCCCUGCCGCGCCUGCCGCUGGACGAAGCGGCGGAGCUGGCGCUGCCCGCGGAGGCGGGCGCGGAGAGCGGCAGCAGCGGCAGCGGGAGCCCGGCCGGGACGGCCCCCGGCGGCACGGCCGAGGGCGGCAAGGGGGGCGGCGAGGAGGGGGCGAGCGGCGGCGGCGGCGGGGCAGCGGGGCAGAGCAAGCCCAAGAGCAGCCUGGUGAAGCCGCCCUACUCGUACAUCGCCCUCAUCACCAUGGCCAUCCUGCAGAGCCCGCAGAAGAAGCUGACGCUCAGCGGCAUCUGCGAGUUCAUCAGCAACCGCUUCCCCUACUACCGGGAGAAGUUCCCCGCCUGGCAGAACAGCAUCCGCCACAACCUCUCCCUCAACGACUGCUUCGUCAAGAUCCCCCGGGAGCCCGGCAACCCGGGCAAGGGCAACUACUGGACGCUGGACCCGCAGUCCGAGGACAUGUUCGAUAACGGCAGCUUCCUCCGCCGCAGGAAGCGCUUCAAGCGGCACCAGCAGGAGCACCUGCGGGACCAGACGGCGCUGAUGAUGCAGGGUUUCGGCGCCUACGGCCUGGCCGGACCCUACGGCCGCCCCUACGGGCUGCACCCCGGCGCCUACACGCACCCCGCGGCGGCCGCGGCCGCGCUGCAGUACCCCUACAUCCCCCCGGUGGGGCCCAUGCUGCCGCCCGCCGUGCCGCUGCUGCCGUCCAGCGAGCUCAGCCGCAAAGCCUUCAACUCCCAGCUCAGCCCCAGCCUGCAGCUGCAGCUCAACAGCCUGGGCGCCGCCGGCUCCAUCGUCAAGUCGGAGCCCAGCAGCCGCCCGUCCUUCAGCAUCGAGAACAUCAUCGGCGUCCCUGCCGCCAGCUCGGCCGCCAGCGCACAGACUUUCCUGCGGCCGCCGGUCACCGUGCAGUCGGCCCUCAUGGCCCACCAGCCGCUGGCGCUGGCCAGGACCACCGCGGCCAUCGCCCCCAUCCUCAGCGUGCCUACCAACAUCAUCGCGGGGCAGUUCCUGCAGCCCGCGGCCCCCGCCGCCGCCGUGCAGGCCAAGUGGCCGGCGCAGUAGCCCCGGGCGGUAGCCCCGGGCAGCGCCCCGGGGAGCUCCGGCCGCCCCCUCGGGGCUCCGCGGCCGCCCGGGCUCGAAGCAGCAGCGGGCACCGGCCGCCGCCUCCGCCGCUUGUACAUAUUUGUAUCAAAAAUCACUGACGUUGCUUUCGGGGUUUUUAUUUUUCUAAAGAGGCGAAAAUGACGGUCGCGAUUAGGAGCUGCGAACUUUCACUUUUUUUGAAGGUUCCGGCGCUCCGAGCGGUUUUAUCCGAAAUAAACGAUCAAACGAGGAAAAAAAAUUGUAUAAAAAAGAAAUAAGCGGGGGAAAUUUUAAUUAUUAAACGAACGAACAGAAAAAAAAAAAGAGAAUUUUGGAGAGAAAAAAAGAAAAGGAGGAAAAACGCUGUCAUUCUAUUAUAGAAGUCUGUUUAUAUAUGAAUGAAUAUAUGUAUUCUAAAUGUUAUCCCUUCGUGUUGUACACAACUUUGUAAAUAAAUUUUUAAAAUGCU